AUGGGCCCCUGUACCGCCUCCUCAUGCUGCUGCCAGGCCCGUAAUCUGCCAUGGGCCCCCGUACCAACUCCUCAUGCUGCUGCCAGGCCCGUAAUCUGUCAUGGGCCCCUGUACCGCCUCCUCAUGCUGCUGCCAGGUCCAGAGUGUGUCAUGGGUCCCUGUACGGCCUCCCAUUGCUGCUGUCUCCAUCGCCACACUCUGCCAUGUGCCACUUUCAGGUCUCCUCACACUGCUGGUGGGUUCCAUUUUGUCAUAGGGUGCUGUAUGGCCUCCCAUUGCUGCUGCCUCCACCGCCACACUGUGGCUCCACACUCUUGUUUUGGCCCCGUGACUGCCCAAAUGAGUGAAGUGUGCGGUGAUUCUAAGAUCGACGGCACUCAUCUGCAUGUCAUACUGACUGACAGUAUUAUUUCUCUUCCCCAGCAGACUCCAAGGGCAUUUAAAUUAAAGGUAUAGUGAGUGUUCUGCACUAAUAUAA